CACCAAUUGAACUUAAUUACAAUAAAAUGUGGAAAUGGCUCUUCUGUAUCAACAAAAAAGGCAAAUUUUUCUUCUGCAUCAAACCUUCAGCCGGAGUCAAGUUCAUUAUCCUAUAUGGAUUCGUAGCUGCAGUACUCCAGCUGUUUUGGGUGUUUUAUCGUGCAGUGUUUGCGGAGGAUAGUGAUGAGCAAGAUGAGUUUUCGAGGGUGGUGAAAUGAAACGAGGCUUAUCUUGGGCUAGGAUUUGAUACCAUAUGAAAUGUGUUCGCAGGACAUAUUAAUAUGUUUACUCUAGCGUUUACUGUUAUGUCGGUCAUAUGAGGAGGAAGUGUUGCAAUAUGUGGUCUAUAUGCUUGGUUAUGAGGUUUUAGUUUUCAUGAGACAGAACGAUAUUUUUAUAUAAAUUUUGUAUUCACCAUAUAUUUCCAGAUCCACAGUAUUAUUAUUGCAAUCACCCUUACUCCUAAUUUUAUUUUACCUAUCAUUUCCGGGGCUUUUGGCUUAUACAUCAUCUUAUGCCUGAACAACCUCCUUUACUGAUUUCUCGAAACAGUUGAAUUAAAAUACCGCAGAAGAAGAGAACUAAAUUCCCAAUAUUACCACCUCAACGACCAAGAAUAGCCCAAUUUCUUCAAAUUUUAUCUAAAUCCUUAACAAAAAUCCCUCUGGGCUUAUA